GUGAGCGUCGCUUAAAUCCGCCAAUCAGGAGCCGGGCGGGGCGGGGCUGCCGUUUCAAAUGCAGCCGCGAGAAGCUGCACCGAGCGGACUCAUCCCCCUCAGCGUGUCGCUUCGGCCAGUCGCAUCAUGGAUGACGAAGGAAAAACAACCUUGCAUUCAGAAUGUAAAAUGACAGAAGCCAAACCCUAUGAGUGUGUGAAUAAUGAUUUUCGCCACCUGUCUGAUGAAAAAUUUGACUUUGACUUUUCGCUGUCUCCUAUAAGUGAAAACGAGGAUGAAGUUUUUGUUGGGCCCAUGGGCCAUAAAGAAAAAUGCAUUGCGACGACUCUUGAAGCCCUUGAAGCAAGGAAAGACACAAUUCCCCCAUCACCACUUGCGGAUAAACUAACACGGAGCCCCGUUUCUGAGGAGAAAUUUGUGGAGAUUUUUAAGGAAGCUCACCAGAUAGCACUCCAGAUACAAAGUGGAACCAAAGCGAAAAGGAACAAUGGUUGCCAGCUGGGAGAACGAAAGACAGAGGCUGUAGAAAAAUUUGUGCAAGAAUCUAAAUCAAAACUGAAACUCCUUGAGAAAGGAAUAGUGAUGGAUAAAACCCCAAAGGAAGUUAGGAGAGAGACUUAUUGUGUUUAUGAAAGUCCAGUCUCCCCACGGCCACCUUCAUUUCAGAAACAUUUAAGGCAACCGAUCGCGGGGAUGGACAGCUCUCGUUCUCCACAAAUUCCUCUAAAUACUUCUAGUCCUGCCAGAAUGGGCAAAUUGCCCCCCACACCGCUUGCAUCCUUAGCGCAAGGGAAGAGUGACAAAACAAAUAACAAACCGAGCACAGUUCAGACUGUAAAAAAUGCAUCUGCAUUUGGAAAUAGUCUCUUGGCAGCGGGACAGCCAAAACAAGGGAAGCUGCCCACUAUUUCCAGCUGGAAUAAUUUGAGCAGUAUGGAGUCGUCGGAAGAUUUGCUCUCUGACAAAUCAAGUCUUGCUUCAGAUGCGGGAGAUGCGUCCUUCUCUAACAGUUCAACGGGGAAAGACAAGAGAACGCUUUCAACUUCCAGCAAGUUGGGGAUCAAGGCAACGCAGCUGAAACGUCCUAGUAAUAUCCGUAUGCGAAAGAACACUUCAACUUCUUCUUCUUCGUCCUCUUUUUCCAGCAUAAGCCUGAAUUCAAGUCUGUCCAUCUCUCCUAAGAUAGGGAAAGGUAAAAUAGGUGUUGCUUCUAAAGUUUCUGCACGUGGCUCCCGGCUGUCCUCUACUGCAAGCAAGAUUGCGAUUGUUAAACCUAUGAAGGGGUUGUCUGUGCAGGCUUCCCAUUCUGAUGCAUCUGGAAAGCAACAUGGGUCCACAAGUGCUUCAAAAACAAAUCCUUCAGUAAAUGCACCCAAAUGCAGAGUUACUGAUAAGUCUGAGAUGGCCGGUGAGAUUUUGAAAGAGGACUCAGAUCCUAGUUUUCAGAAACCAUUGCAGAAAAGCAUAUUGGGAAACAGAACAGCAACUGCAAGUCCCAAGCCCAAAGCAGUACCUGCAGUCUCAAAGGAAGGUGUAUCUGAGAAUUUUGUUGCCAGAGUGUUACAACCAAUUGCGUCACUGUCUUGUGGUAAUGUUGGAAGCAAUGUUGCCGUUACCCCACCCCGCAAACUAUCAGAAGACGGAUUGGUAUUAAAUACCUGUUCUGCUGCCAAGUCUGGCUUAUGGACUCCAUCCAACAGAAGGCAUUCUGCAUUACCUACUCCCAUUGGCCGGCGUACGUCGGGAAUUCCAUCACUAACCCCCAGAACUGUGCCCAAAGCAAGGUCUUCUCCUGAUCUCGUGUCUCUUCGGCAAGUCUCAAGUGUGUCAUCCAAAAAGACUCUAGAAGCUAGUUUCAAAUGGGCCAGAGAGCGCAAGACCCGUGGAGCCUAUAGCUCAUCUUCAACAGAAGGAUCUCCCCCACCAGUUGCACCUAUUGCACUGGAUUUUUCAACAGAGAAGUCUUCUGAAGAAACGGAACAGGACCUUUCUGAGCAGGAGAAACCAGCAGAAAGAACACCCACUGUGGAGACUUUACUGAUAGACAUUGGAAUAGAUAAAACACCACUUGCCACCCAGGAAUGUGAAAAUAAACCCCUUAUUGAUCUUUUUAAUACUCCUGAAAUAAUUCCAGUUCCUCUGUUGAAGCCUGUAGGACAGCCAAUAGAUCUGAGCUCUCCUCUCAUCAGUUUUACGCCGGAAGGAAAUAAAGAGAACCUGGAUUCUCCUCUUCUGAAGUUUUGAUUUCCUGAGCAAAUCUCUUAACUUGGAAGAGUUUGAGUGCAAAAACUGAUGUUUCACUAAGCAGGGUGUGAGUGGGUAACAGACUAGUAGAAUAGAAAUGAAGUUUUUAAACUGAGCACUUGACAAGUGUAUUGUUGAUGUGUUGUUAAGGGAUAAUAAUAAAGAUGGCUUAAAUAUUGAUUACUCAGUACUUUCAGGAACUGAUCGCAGAUGCCUUGUGUGUUAAAAUAUCUAGUUUGUUUUGCACAAAUUUGUCAAAUGUCAUGAAUUAAAAUAAAGCAAAGGCAUUCUAAAAUGUA